GAGGGCGAGAGGAGGAGACAACCGAGGCAGGGGGUUCCCACUUUGGUAGAGCGGCCGGCCGGCCUGGGUUAGGGACUAGGUAGGCAGGCAGAAGCUUGGGCUGAGUGAAGAAGAGAAGCCUGGAGAGGUGGCUGACACCCUGGCCAGCCCCCGCGCCUGAUGGAGAAGAUGGCCAGAGCCUCAGAGCAGCCACGGAGGGCAGCUGUGGGGUCCCUGGAGGUUUGAGGGGAUGGGAACAGAGGGGGAACCCGGGGUGAGAGGAAAGUCCUGGAAAGGUGACAGAGGAACAGUGGGCAGGUAGUGGGCAGGGUUAAGGGGCGUCACGACCCGUCUGCCAGGACUGAUCUGGCAACUCAGCCAGCCCCUCGAGAAGCCAGGCCUCCUGUCUGCCCACCAGCUGGCACAGAUCACCUCUCCCUUGACACCCAGGAAGGGAGGGCAGUGAGGUUCCUUCAGACCCCAGCCAGCCACUCCAGCUCUACAUCCGUCUCCCAGCCAGAGGUGCUGCAUGAGGGGCCGCAGGGGCGAUCGCAUGACCAUCAACAUCCAGGAGCACAUGGCCAUCAACGUGUGUCCUGGACCCAUCAGGCCCAUACGCCAGAUCUCGGACUACUUCCCUCGCAGGGGGCCAGGACCAGAGGCUGCUGGCGGCAGGGGCUGCGGGGAAGCCCCAGCUCAUCUGGCCCCUCUGGCUCUGGCCCCCCCUGCGGCUCUCCUUGGGGCCACCACACCCGACGAUGGAGCUGAGGUGGACAGCUACGACUCAGAUGAUACCACUGCCCUGGGCACGCUGGAAUUCGACCUUCUCUAUGAUCAGGCUUCCUGCACUCUGCACUGUAGAAUCCUCAGGGCCAAGGGCCUCAAGCCCAUGGAUUUCAAUGGCCUGGCUGACCCCUACGUAAAGCUGCACCUCCUCCCUGGAGCCUGCAAGGCCAAUAAGCUAAAAACUAAGACUCAGAGGAACACACUGAACCCUGUGUGGAACGAGGAGCUGACGUACAGCGGGAUCACGGAUGAUGACAUCACUCACAAGGUGCUCAGGAUCUCUGUCUGUGACGAGGACAAGCUGAGCCACAAUGAGUUUAUCGGGGAGAUCCGCGUGCCCCUUCGCCGCCUCAAGCCUUCACAGAAGAAGCAUUUUAACAUCUGCCUUGAGCGCCAGGUCCCGCUUCCUUCACCCUCUUCGAUGUCUGCAGCGCUGAGGGGCAUUUCCUGUUACCUGAAGGAGCUAGAGCAGGCCGAGCAGGGACCUGGGCUGCUGGAAGAGCGUGGGCGCAUCCUGCUGAGCCUCAGCUACAGCUCUAGGCGGCAUGGGCUGCUGGUGGGCAUUGUUCGCUGUGCACACCUGGCUGCCAUGGAUGUUAACGGCUACUCUGACCCUUAUGUGAAGACGUACUUGAGACCAGACGUGGACAAGAAAUCCAAGCAUAAAACAUGUGUAAAGAAGAAGACAUUAAACCCAGAAUUUAAUGAGGUAAACACGACAGGGAGCAGAAAUAAAGAUGGGCUGGGGACAGCCAUGUGGUUAGAAGGCCUGACAAGGCACCGCCUGCCUUGUUCUCAGGAAUUCUUCUAUGAGAUGGAACUCUCCACUCUGGCAACCAAGACCCUGGAAGUCACAGUCUGGGACUACGACAUUGGCAAAUCCAAUGACUUCAUAGGUGGUGUGUCUCUGGGGCCAGGCGCCCGGGGAGAGGCGCAGAAGCACUGGAGUGACUGUCUCCAUCAGCCGGACACAGCCCUGGAACGCUGGCACACCUUGACCAGCGAGCUGCCCGGGCCUUUCCCUCUGGCCUGAGUGGACAGCAGCUGCCCAGCACAGGCCCUUUGGGCCGGGUCCAGUACCCAACCUUCGCACGAGUGUGUUGCACGUUUACAUGGGGUGGGAUGCCCCCUGCCCCACACUACCUGUCUUAUUUUUGUGAGUCUGUGACGUGGGUCUGUCUUCUUGUGAGGGACUGUGGAGAGCUUUAUUCACAUAUGCAAACUUUCUCCUGCCUGACUUGCUGUACCUGCAAAUAUGCAACCACCCCAUGCACAGGACCAUGUGGGAGUCUCCUGCCAGCGCCCCUACCCACCCUGCUACUCCUCUCUUGGCCUCUCCAGGCUGCCCGGCCCCCUGCUCCACAGGGAGGAGGUCGGAUUAGGGGAGAUUAGAGGAGGACAUUUCCAAAAGAGGAAGGACAAGGAAAGAAAGAGCCAACCCUUUAAUACAGAGCCUUCGUUAAAAAGUCCCAGCCCUGCUCAGCUGCUCUUCUAAAGGAAUGGCCUCCAUAGGGUCUCUGCCUCCCUAAGGUGUGGCAGAUCCUCUCGGCCACUCAUUUAAAUAACUGUCCCCUGGAUGGGGCUGGGAUGUGAGGGCAGGCCCCUGCCACCUUCCUCGGGGACAUUUGUGCAUGUUUACGCCUUUUCUGAUUGUGUCAGUGGCCGAAGCAUGGCAACUGGGCAUCAAUAAACAUCUCUUGAGGAA